AUGAAAGAGUUGGUGACCUUGACUCUUAUUACGCAACCAUCCUACUUCCUCCCCUAUUCCUUGCACAACGAGUACCUCAACUCGAUAAUUACAACGCUUACGGCAGUAUCGAACAACGAUGCCACUACACUGAGAACUUCGGAAAUGUCGCCUCUUCUCCGCCUCCCUGCAGAGCUGAGAAACGAGAUCUAUGUCUACGUCUUUACUGACGAGUACAUGUUUGCCUCCGUCACCUACAGCAGCAUGGCUACAGACCCCGCCUACGGCCCCGCCCCCCAUACAUGCAUCAACAACCCCCACCGCGUGGCGCUAUCAUCUACCUGUCGCGCUUUGCACGCCGAGACCCAAAACCUGCCCUUCAUGUUCAACAGAUUUAGCUUCAAAAGCGUGCUAUCAUUCCAGACCGUCGCCCUACGUCUCUCACCCACUCAGCGCGCUCUGAUCACGCAUGUCUCAAUCACGGAUGAGAUGUCAAGCAGUAUAUUCUACAACCUUGUGGAAAUGCGAGGUCGUGGGUACAGCAACUUAGUGGACCUACUUCCCAACGCACACACUGUGGCAGUUAGGGCAUCCAAGGACAGGAGUGCUGCAUUAAAGGUACUUGAUUGGGAAAUGAGGCUGAUGGAUCGUCACACAUCGGAGGAUUUUCUACGCUUCUGGGUGUAUGAGCGCAUCUCAACGCUGCCACAGCAUGCAAGGCGGAUUUGA